GUCCUCUCUAAGGUCCCAGAUGGCCUAUUCCAGAUGCCUGGUCUCAGAGGUGGAGAAUUAUCUCUGGGGAAGCCCCAGCUCCAUAAGCUGCGCACGCAUGAUGUGGUGGCUGCUUCUCUGGGGAGUCCUCCAGGCUUGCCCCACGCAGGGCUCUGUGCUCUUGGCCCAGCAGCUACCCCAGCAGCUGACCUCUCCAGGGUACCCAGAGCCAUACCUCAAAGGCCAAGAGAGUACCACUGUCAUCCAGGCCCCGGAGGGCUUUGCUGUGAAGCUUAUCUUGCAGGACUUGGACCUGGAGCUGUCCCAGGACUGUGAGCCGGACUCUGUCACCAUCACAGCCAGUGCGAUGGAUCCAAGCCGGUUCUACGGCCAAAUGGGCUCUCCGCUGGGCAGCCCCCCAGGUCAGAGGGAGUUUGUGUCCUCGGGGAACAGUUUGCGGCUGACCUUCCCUGCACCAGCCUCCUCUGCAGACAGGACCACGGGCCUCCACAAGGGCUUCCUGGUCCUCUACCAAGCCGUGAGUAUGAACCAUAGUCAGCCCAUCAGCCAGGUUAGUGGUGACUCUGAUGCCACACACACACCUGGGUACAACUCCUCCGAGAUCCAGAACCACUGCCAGGAGCCCUAUUAUCAGGCGGUGCCAGCAGAGACACUCACCUGCAGAGCCCAGAGCCCUGGGAAAGAGACACUGGACAAGGAGGAGGCUCCUCGCUGUGUGCCUGUCUGUGGACAGCCAGUCACCCCCAUCGCCCAGAACCAGGAGGCCCAGGGUUCUUCCAAAGCUAAGCUGGGCAACUUCCCCUGGCAAGCCUUCACCAGUAUCUAUGGCCGUGGGGGCGGGGCCCUGCUGGGCGACAGAUGGAUCCUCACGGCCGCCCACACCAUCUAUCCCAAAGACAGCAUCUUUCUCGGGAAGAAGAGGAAUGUGGACGUGUUCCUGGGCCACACAGGCAUAGAUGAGAUGAUAAAACUGGGGAACCACCCUGUGCGCCGUGUGGUUGUGCACCCAGACUACCGUCAGAACGAGUCCUACAACUUCAACGGGGACAUUGCCCUCCUGGAACUCCAGCACAGUGUCCCCUUGGGGCCCCACCUCCUCCCGGUCUGUCUGCCUGACAACGAGACCCUCUACCGCAGUGGCCUGAUGGGCUAUGUCAGUGGGUUUGGUGUGCAGAUGGGCUGGCUAACUACCGAGUUGAAAUACUCAAGGCUGCCUGUUGCCCCGAGGGAGGCCUGCGAGGCCUGGCUUCAAGAGAAACAGAGGACUGAGGUGUUCUCUGAUAACAUGUUCUGUGUCGGGGAUAAGACACGGCAGCAGAGUGUCUGCCAGGGGGACAGUGGUAGCGUCUAUGUAGUAUGGGAUGGCCAUGCCCGUCACUGGGUGGCCACGGGCAUCGUAUCCUGGGGCAUUGGGUGUGGCAAAGGGUACGGCUUCUACACCAAAGUGCUCAAUUAUGUGGACUGGAUCAAGGACGUGAUGGGUGGGAAGGGCUGACCCUGGGAGCGCUGAGCAAUGACACCAGCACUGUGGAGGCCCCAGGAGAAGAGGGUUGAAAGCGAAGACUGAGUCCUGUGGGCGGGGAGGGGGUGGGCAGGGAAUCCCUAUCCGAGUUCCUGAGAGAGAACUCCUCCUCUGCUCAAGGCUGAUCUCAUGCCAGAUAAGAAGGGAGUCCCCCAACCCCUCCUCACCCUCCACCUUCCUGUGAGUUUGCCUGAAGCCCAGGGAAGCCCUGUACAUCUCAGUGAGUUUCACUUUGAACUUCACUUUCUGCUGACACAGCCACCCUCUCAUCCCCCUGUUCAGUGAUGUAUGAGGGAAGUGGUCUUAAUUGCAUUGCAUCUUUGAAACAUUCCCAAAUCUCUUUAAUUGACCUUCAAAUAGCCAAACUGUCAGCUGCACCGCCUACCACAACUCCCAGAUGCAAUUACAGUGACAGCCCGGUUUUUGUUACAUAUUCUCUAUACCAGGCGCUUCACACAUGCUACUUCAUUGACUCCUCACACCAAGUUUGCAAAGGAUGUGUUAUGAUCACAUUUUAUUUUCCUUCUUUAGCUUUAUAGAUUUUAAGUUUAUUUUUACUCCUUUACAUUUUUUUGGAGCUUGUUUUUAGACAGUUUUUUAUUACAUUUAUUGGGGUGGCAUUGGUUAAUAAAAUUAUAUUUUCAAGUGUACAAUUCUAUAAUACAUCAUCUGCAUAUUGCAUUGUGUAUUCACCACCCAAAGUCAAGUUUCCUUUCAUCACCAUAUAUUUGAGCCCCUAUAACAAAGCUUUACUACCUCACCCCAACCCCUCUGGUAACCACCAUACUGUUGUCUGUGUCUAUGAGUUUUUGUUUGUUCGUUUGUUCAUUUAUCACUUUCAGUUUUAUAUUCCACAUGAGUGAAAUCAUAUGGUUCUUGACUUUUUAUCUCUGACUUAUUUCACUUAGCAUGAUAUUCUCCAGAUCCAUCCAGGUUGUCCCAAACAGCAGUUGUUUCAUCUUUUCUUGUGACUGAGUAGUAUUCCAUUGUAUAUGUGGAUCACAGGAUAUGGAAGUGUCCCUCAGUACAUGAUUGGGUAAAGAGGAUGUGGAUGCAGGUUUUAUUGGAAUUUACUUGAUCUUUUCAGGCUUACUUUUAAGCUUUGUUAGUAAAUGUAUGGAUCAACCUUUCAUCUAUGAACAAUUGGACACUAUUACUGUGGGAGUACUUUUUCAAGACUCAAUGCAAAGUUUUUUCCACUCUGCUGACUCACAUUUUAAAUGAGGAAACUGAAGUUCAGAGGGGUAAAGUGACUUGCCCAAAUGCCACAGCUGGUCUGGGACAGCCAAGGCCGUGUGCUUCCCAGUGCACCUUUACACUUCUCAGGGUUCCCCCACUUCCCCUCCCAAUCCGACACCCCUACAGAUUCUCUCUCCCUGGGAAUUCCUGCUUCAGUGAGGAGGAUGACACCUGGCUCGCACUUUCCUGGGGCCCCAUCUCCUGCAGACACCCCAUCUCCUGAGCCCAGCCCUGGGCUGGAUGUUCCCACAGGACCUCCAGUGCUGCUGGACACCCCGGGCCAUGCUCCACCUGAGAGGACCAACUAUUUAAUUUUUAGUGAGGACAUGAUGGCGAUUUAGAGUAAAAGUUGCAAAUAAAAUACACUUGUUCAAAUAGAACUAGAAAAUGAAUGAAACAGAGAAGAGAGCAAAUUUGCUACUAUUGAAAAUCAAGGUAGCUAUAUAGUUAAAGGUUAAAUUUACCUUUGGAAAAGUAGGAUUAAAAUGUGAACGUACAUGUGGUUACUUCUAUUUUACAAAGUUGAAUAGUACAUAAUACAAAGACCAUGAAAAAUACUCUAAGCCCAGCAGGUGUGGCUCACUGGUUGAGUGUUAACCCAUGAACCAAGAUGUCACUGGUUCAAUUCCUGGCCAUGGCACAUGUGGGGGUUGCAGGCUUGAUCCCUGCA